CCGUUCAGCACAGAGCGGCGGGGCAAGCUUGGGGGUCAGUGGGCUAAGAGCUAUCAACCCACCGAGCUGGGUGGGCGCGAACCAAAUACUGGUGGGGGGUAGCCGUGCCCGCGUGUCAAUCACGUUCUGAUGAUGCAAAACGGUUGAUUCAAUACAAACAUCCCAUGGUUGCAAUCGCGAACAAGGACCUCUCAGAAAUCUCGGACAAACGAUGCAGCCCUGAAGGCUGUCCUGGUCUGCCUGGCGCUUGUAAAGGCUGUUGAACAAGCCGGUAAGGCCAGCCAAGGUUGCCAAGCCACCACUAGGUCACCGUCUUGUCGGGUCUUCAAGUCAAUAACUUCAUGGUACCUACCUAGACGAGAAAGACGAGCUAAACUCUACCGGUUAGUGCGUGAAACCUUCCGCCGCGGACUAGGCCAGGAUUAUCGAGAGCAGUCAGGCAAGAUACCUAGGUACAUUAGGUACCUGCCUGGAAAGAUAAACAGCGUUUGAUCCUGUCUUAACCUGACGGAUAAUGGUGGGGUGGUUUACCCUCGUAUGGUGCAAGAGCCAUCAAUAGAAGAUGAAAGAGAGAGGGAGGCCAAGAGGGCGACAGCGACAACAGUAACAGAAAAAAGUAACAGCGAUCGGCGAUUGAGAGUGGAUUUCAUAUGCCGGCCAUGUGUCUGAUAGUCCCAGCAACGUUUGCUGGCCCCUGGCGGGUUGAGAGAAUUAGCUUCAGGUGUGCAAGGAGCUAGCAAAUCGAGCACGUAUGGUGGUGGUACUUCCUGCUUGUCGCACAAACCACGACUUGACGGCUCACGGGCAUACGUGGUGUCGCUCGAAACGACCUGCCAGUCGGUGAGGAUGCCUGCUUCCAUGCCCAUCCAUCCAAUCUCAAUGAUCCCGGCUCACUCGGAGCAUGGAGCUACCCGAUAGACAAGGCUAUCCUCGAGACUAGGUAGUUCUAGACUUAGCUCUGGUAGCUGCAAGCUAUCUUGUUUUUAUUGUUUUAAUGCGCCGUUUUGUGCCACCCCCAUAAAACCUUGGAGCUCUGCUGCUUGCAGUUGCCUUUUCAGUCGAUGCUUUGCUCGUUCCUGAGAAAUUUGGCAGGUAAAACGCCUCGCACUGAUCUUUCCCCUCCCCCGAUGUCUUGAGGCUUUCUCUUGCGACAUCGACGCGACGCUUACCAUCCAUCUCUGCACGGCCUCAACUUGCGACGACGUCAACGAAACCUAACACAUACAACAAACGAACGCACCACUUGGUCCGUCUAGGAACAGACCUUAGCCGAAUGACCUGAUUGAUUCCGCAAAACAUUUUGAUCGAUUUUGAAUCUGGCCUAGUUAUUUCCCUCUUUUCAAGAUUACGCUACAACUCGCUACAUUGCUUUUUUUCAUUGCUUUGCUGUCUGCCGCCGACACCACUCAGAGCCCGCGCUCAAACGUCUUGCAAACCUUGCAGCAGUUUGGAUCGCACCCACAUGUGGAACCCGUUGAGGCGGGAUUAGUGUUGGAGCUCCCCCAGGCCGCUACUCCACCUACUGUAUUUAUAUCUCCUUACGCGGGGCUCCAGUCUUGCCCGCUUCUCUCUCCGACAUGAUACCAAGGACAAUGAUUUCCAACGAGGUGUACUACCUACCUCUCAACGACGAUGGGUCGCCCCAAGUCCAGGGCGAGUACAUUUACCUCGCGCCUAAGUCGAACGAGCCGUUUACCAUCAGGUUUGCCAUAGAGGGCACUUCGAGCAUCUGUCGUCAAGGCAGCUUGUGGGUAAAUAUUCCGGAGCCAGGAGUAGAGUUUCGCAGAGAUCAGUUCCGAGAGUUCAAGCUUGUGCCCGACUUCAAUCGAACAAUCGAAAUCUCGAUACCUGUCCACCUGCCUGGCGCUUAUGCCUUCUACACCACCUACGCCAAGCUUCCUGAGCUCGAGCAGACUGCAGGUGCCGAUUCCUCACCAUCAUCGACCGACAAGAACAAGACACAGCUGUACUACAUCGAUGUCGCACCGAGGCUGCAGCUCGACGGGCGGCCGCUGCCUCUGCCCGCCUUGUCAAUCUUCUCAGUCAUUAGCAAGUUCAUGGGCAAAUACCCCAAUGACUGGGAGCGUCACCUUCGAGGGAUUAGCGACCGCGGUUACAACAUGAUUCAUUUCACACCGCUGCAGACACGCGGAACUUCCAAUUCACCAUACAGUCUGUACGAUCAGCUCAGCUGGGACCCAGAAUGCUUCCCCGAGGGUGAGAAGGACAUUAAGAAACUUGUCGACAGUCUGGAGAAGAACCAUUCUCUACUGAGCUUGACCGACAUUGUCUUGAAUCACACCGCGGACAACAGCGAAUGGCUCCUGGAGCAUCCUGAGGCUGGCUACAAUUUGACAACGGCGCCAUGGCUUGAGCUGCCAUUCCUCAUCGAUACCAAACUUCUCGAGCUUGGCUUCAACCUGGCUAAGCUCGGUCUGCCGACAGAGGUCAAGUCAGAGGCUGAUGUUCUGGCCAUCAUGGAUGCUGUCAAGAAGGAGGUCAUCAGCGCCAUCCGCAUGUGGGAGUACUAUGUCGUAGACGUGGAAUCCAACGCGGAAGUCGCCGCGGAAGCCUGGGCUGCCGGAAAAGGCUCCUUCCCCGACGGCUCCCUUGGUACUGAGGGUCCUGCCGGCCUCAAGUCCGCCAGCUUGUCAGAACGGGCACAGUUUGUCAUCAAGUAUGGCCUUUCAGGAACUGACCGGAUGGGUGAGCGGUUCAGGCGAAAGGUGGUACCGGAAGUAGCUGCUGGCGUGCUAGAUGCGCUGCUCGGGCGACCUGAGGGUCACCAAGGUCCAGACUCUGGUGCUGCUCGGCAGAAGAUGAUCGAAAUUCUUCAGGCCGUCAAUGUACCCUUCUACGAAGAGUACGACAAGGACAGUGCCGAGAUUCUUGAGCAGACUUUCAAUCGGAUCAAGUACGUACGUUUGGACGAGCACGGCCCGAAGCUGGGACCGAUAAACGAGGCAAACCCACUAGUGGAGACUUACUUCACCCGUCUACCCCGAAACGAGAAGACGGCCAAGCACAAGAAGGAGGAUCUCGUCCUCGUCAACAAUGGCUGGGUAUGGGGUGGAAACGCUCUCGUUGACAACGCAGGACCAGAUUCCCGUGUCUACCUUCGUCGCGAGGUCAUUGUUUGGGGCGAUUGUGUUAAGCUGCGCUAUGGCGCUGGUCCUGAGGACAGCCCAUACCUUUGGGAUCGGAUGACAAAGUACUCGCGAAUGCUCGCCAAAUACUUUGCUGGUUUCCGUAUCGACAACGCGCAUUCCACGCCUAUCCAUGUCGCCGAGCACAUACUGGAUGAGGCUAGGCGAGUGCGCCCCGACCUGUACGUGUGUGGUGAGCUCUUCACUGGAAGCGAGGAAAUGGACUACGUCUUUGUGAAGCGACUCGGGCUGAGCUCGUUGAUCCGAGAAGCCAUGCAGGCAUGGAGCACUGGCGAACUCAGUCGUCUCGUUCAUCGCCAUGGCGGUCGCCCGAUUGGUAGCUUCGAGGUAGACGAGGUUUCUAGGGGCGACGCCUCGCCGACCUCGCCGCACCCCCAAUCACCCCAGGUUAAUGGUGGAACGACGGAUGAAAUGUGGUCCUCGCGGGAGAUCAUUCGCCGCAUCAAACCGUCGCCCGUUCAGGCUCUCUUCAUGGAUUGCACUCAUGACAACGAGGUUCCAGCACAGAAGCGCGAUGCGAGAGAUACUCUACCCAACGCUGCACUGGUCAGCAUGUGCGCGAGUGCCACCGGUAGCGUCAUGGGCUAUGACGAAAUCUAUCCCAAGCUCGUAGACCUGGUCAAUGAGACCCGCCUAUACACCUCCGAGUCAUCUGCUCGUGAAGUUAAGGUCGGAAGCGGCAAAGGUGGAAUUGGCGGGCUGAAAAAGCUCAUGAACCAAAUUCACACUCUGAUGGGCAAGGAUGGAUAUGAUGAGACGCAUAUCCACCAUGAGGAUCAGUACAUUACAGUCCACAGGGUGCACCCCCAGUCACGGAAGGGAUACUUCCUCAUUGCCCACACUGCCUAUCCCGGAUAUGGCAACGGCAACGGUGCCUUCAAUCCCGUUCAUCUCACGGGAACCAAGGUCAGGCACCUGGGUAGUUGGACACUCGAGGUGGACGACAGCGAGGAAGCGAGGAAGAAUGUGUUGGAAGACAAGAAACAUCUUCGCGGACUUCCCAGCCGUGUGAUUGACCUGCCUGGCAUUCGCAUGGAAGUCAAGGGCAGCGACACGGUCAUCACCGUUCGUGAUCGGUUCCCCCCUGGCAGUAUUGCCUUGUUUGAAACCUACAUCCCUGCCGCCGAGCACUCGGCCGGUCUGGACACUUAUGUUACUUCGCAAGCGCAGGAUGCCUUUGCCGGACUGAACCUAAUCGACAUGAACUUUAUGAUGUACCGAUGCGAGGCCGAAGAGCGCGACUGGAGCGGGGGAAGCGACGGCGUCUACGGUAUACCUGGUCAUGGCAACCUUGUAUACGCCGGUCUCCAGGGUUGGUGGAGUCUCCUUGAGGGUAUAAUCCGCGACAACAACCUCGCCCACCCCUUGUGCCAGAACCUCCGCGAAGGCCAGUGGGCUUUGGACUUCAUCAUCGGUCGACUUGAGCGUGCCUCAAAGACACCAGAGUUCUCUCGACUCGAAAAGCCUACGCGAUGGCUGAAGGAUCGCUUCGAUGCCAUUCGUGGCAUCCCAAGCUUCCUACUUCCUCGCUACUUUGCCCUGGUCAUGCGUACGGCGUACAUGGCCUGCUUUGAACGUAGCGUUUCGCUGAUGAAUGAGAAUGUGGCCAAGGGUCAGUGGUUUCUCAAGAGUCUUGCCAUGGUCAGUACACAGGAGACGGGUAUUGUCAAAUCGGCGUCGCUCUAUCCCGACCAUCUGGUCCCCUCGUUGGCUGCUGGCUUGCCGCACUUUGCUGUCGAUUGGGCAAGAUGCUGGGGCAGAGACAUUUUUAUCUCGCUGAGAGGCCUGUUCCUCGGCACGGGAAGAUUCGAUGAGGCCCGGGAACACAUACUCGCCUUUGCAAGUGUUCUCAAGCACGGCAUGAUUCCCAACCUACUAGGUGCUGGACGUACACCCCGAUACAAUGCCCGCGAUUCAAUCUGGUUCUUCCUGCAGUGUAUCCAAGACUACACUCGCUUGGUGCCAAACGGCCUUUCCCUGCUGGACGAGAAGGUGAAGCGUCGUUUCCUUCCUUAUGACGAUACAUACUUUGACGCUGAAGAUUCUCGUGCCUACUCCACACAGAGCACUAUCCGGGACAUCAUACAAGAGGCUCUGCAGCGUCACGCGAGUGGAAUGUCUUUCCGCGAAGCCAAUGCCGGACCCAGUUUGGAUAUGCAAAUGAGCGAUAAAGGCUUUGAUCUCGAGGUUAAAGUCGAUUGGGACACGGGAUUUGUUCUCGGUGGCAACCAGUUCAACUGCGGUACUUGGAUGGACAAGAUGGGUGAGAGCGAAAAGGCUGGGUCCAAGGGAGUUCCCGGCACCCCCCGCGAUGGCGCAGCCGUCGAGAUCACAGGUUUGAUGUACAGCACAGUCAAGUGGGUAGCCAAGCUGCACUCAUCGGGCGAGUUUCCAUACAGCGGUGUGAGCAAGGCUGCCGUCGGUCCCGAUCAGGACCCCAAGAGUGUCAACGUGGACGUGUCGUAUGCGGACUGGGCCGAGCUUGUCAAGUCCAACUUUGAGCGCUGCUAUUUUGUCCCGCUCGAUCCGUCGGAGGACUCGAAGUACGAUGUCAACCCAUCCGUCAUCAACCGUCGUGGCAUCUACAAGGACCUGUACCGAUCCGGCAAGGAGUAUGAGGACUACCAACUCAGGCCGAACUUCCCCAUCGCGAUGACGGUUGCACCAGACCUGUUCGACGAAGCCCACGCCAUGCACGCGCUCUGCAUUGCCGACCAGGUGCUUCGCGGUCCUCAGGGCAUGGCAACUCUGGACCCGGCGGACCUUAAUUACAGACCUUACUACGUGAACAGCGAAGACAGCACCGACUUUGCAACAUCAAAGGGCAGGAACUACCAUCAAGGACCGGAGUGGUUGUGGCCGACAGGAUUCUUCCUGCGCGCGCUGCUCAAGUUCCUUCUCAAACGCACACAUUCGGCUGAAGAUGGUGAGAGCGCGGCCACCGAGGCGUUCCAGCAGGUCACAAGGCGUCUGAUGGGCUGCAAGGCCAUGAUCAAAGAGAGCCCUUGGGCUGGUCUGCAGGAGCUGACACAGAAAGAUGGUGGAUUCUGUGGAGAUUCGUGCCCAACACAGGCUUGGUCGGCUAGCUGCCUCAUUGACCUCUACAUGGAUGCGGACGAAGAGCAGGCCAGGAUGCAAAAGGGUGUCGGCGUUAACGGGUCGUCGCAAAAGAACUAGGUGGCUUUUUGUCAGAAUUGCAAAGCUCAGCGGACAUUUGUCUUGGCAUGAUGGCGUCUGGGUGAGUGUUACUUGAAGGCUUUGCCUGAUGUUGUCCUCGUCAUUUCUAUCUUGCAUGCAUAUUACCGCAUGUACCAUAAAGAGGCAUUAUUGUUACUUGAGGCUUGGGAUAUGGUUCUAGGGAAAGGUUGAAGGGACGGAAAUUCAGAUAACAGAAAAAAAGGCGGAUCCCAGAGUGUUUAUAUCACUUUACGCAUAUGAUAUAUAAUUACUAGUAUGAAUUCUUGCCCUAAUUGGUGUUUUGGGACAGUUGAUGGCUGUCAAAGUUAUUCUGUGUGACUAUCC